AUGUCUGGCUCAGCAUUGUCCUCCCACCCCGACGGGAAGACGAAAAUGGAAGGAGCAUCAGUAGACAGUCAUGUUCCCGUGGCUCCCGCAGCGGCGGCGGCAGCAGCAGCAUCUCAGUCUGAAGUGCAGCAGCAGAAUGAGAUCAUCAAGUUGCAAGUAAAGCAAAGCGCGCGAUACCAGCGCACAAGUCUCGUCAAAAUACGACGCACGUCGCCUCUCGGGGCCAUGAUGGAAUUCUUUGCUGCUCAAGCCGGUCGGCAUGUGGACAGGCUUCGCUUCGUCACGUUUGACGGCCAGAGAAUGCACAAGGACCAAACUGCCAAUGAUCUCGAGCUCGAGGAUGGCGAUCUGAUAGACGUUCUGGAGGAGCAAGAUGGAGGAGGAGGAGGACAAGUGCAUCUAAAGGUGACGACGGUGUGA